GUAAUCAUAUGCUGACAUUUUGUUUGAUUUUUUAUUGCCUGUUAUGUUCUGAAUACUAAGAUUUCGCGAAGGAAUGUAUUAAAAUUAUAAUAUCAAACUUAUUAAGGUUUAAAAGAAUCGUACAAUGUCGUGAAUACGUAUUAUAACAAACGCUGUCGGGAGUUUCCUUUGGUAAGGAAGUGGUUUACGUCGUGUUUGUUUUGUGUUUCUGUACAUAUAGUACGUAAAUGCGAAAGUUUUUGUAUAAUGCGUUAUGUGUAUUUUAUAUGAGUGCGUUUAUUGUUUUAAUUCCCACGCUCGUUUGUGGCCGUAGACGCAUAUCAAGGAGUGUAUAAUAAUGUCAGAGUACGAUCUUCAAUUCCAAGCUGAUUUGGAGAAGGCACAGGCGCUGAGUCUAGAAAGUCUAGCUUUGGAACAAUUUCGUCGGCAGAAGCAACUAUCGAACGCAGAUAAUGGCCGCGAGAUUGGCGCGGGUAGUACGCGGCGACGCGACGAGAGCGAAGGUACACCGCCCGCGCUGCCGCCGCCACCACGGAAGCCGUCCAGGGGACGAACGCCCGCGAAUGACACAUCCAGAUCUACGGGAGCUAGCCCAACAAGAAGCGAGAGCAGUGACCUAAUAUCAUUCUCCAGUCCAACAAGCAAGUCGGCGCCCAAAGAUGCACACGCUUUACUAAAAGAAUACAUUGAUCAAAUCAACAACUUAGAUCAGCAAACGGAAGAGCUCACAUUGAAGUCGUCAGAUCAGUCGCCUAGUGCAAUGAAUAAUCAAAACUAUAACCAAAGGCCGGGCUUUCCAUACCAACCUAAUUAUGGAUACUAUCAACAUUUACCACCACGCGCGAUGCCUCCGUAUCCUACCACGCCGUACGGAAUGCCAACAGUUGCGCCAACGCCAAUGCCAUCACCAAUGCUGGCACCAAUGCCCAAUUAUUCGUACUACCCGCCAACCAUGGUGGUGCAACACGAACCUCCUCCGGUUUACAGUUCAACGAACUCACCGGGCUACCCUCCGCCGUACACGUACGUUCAAACACGUAUGUCCUCCCCAACGCCAGCGCCGUACGUAGGGUAUCCGCCGCCAUCAAACACCACAUAUAACUAUAACACGACGAAUCUGAUAACGAGACCAGCCAGACCGAGUCUGUACCCGUCGUUGGCUCAGAACCACACGUAUCCGCCGCUCCAGUCCGCCGCACAGAAACCAGCCAAUAAUAAUAAUAAUAAUGUAAACAAACCACAAACGAAGACCGAACCGUCUAGAAACAACGCGGAGGGCAACAACUCUAAUAAAUCUGCAGAGAACGAAUCAAACGACACAGUGGGAAGUCUACCCAAGUCGCCCAACCUGAUAGACUUCGGUGGUAGGAACAGUGGCCCAGGUAGCGUAAGAGUCAGUGUGCUUGAGGCGUUUGAUCCUCUACUAACUGAGCAAAGCAACGCUGAAUAUGAAGAGGCGAAUGACGGCACAAACAGUGUGUACGACCCCCUGGAUCUACUGUACGGCGAGACAGAGAUGCGGGAUACACCUAUAUACGCGACUAUUAAUAAAAAAGAAAACAAUAAGCUUCCAUCUCCACCGCCAAAAUCAAUACCUUCAAUGCCUGCACUACCUAAACGGCUUACUACUAACAAAUUGUAUGACUGCAUAGAGAAAACAACAGUUAGAAAUUAUAAUAGUGAACACAAAGCAUUUUUAAGAAUGGUGCUCGAUGUUAGAAAAAAAUUCAUAUAUGAAGAUGUGACGAAUCCUGGACAUGUGAUUGCAGCGAGGUCUGGUGGAAAAUACCCUCCAAAUACUAGCAUAAAGAUUUUAGUCCAUCACACACAUUCAGAUGAGCCAAUCACCUUUACAUCCGAUGUUGAGUCCACUGUAGAACAUGUGAUAUUAACAGUAUUGUGUUCUCUUGAUGAGGAUAUAAAUGAGGAUAUGUCUGGAUAUAUGUUGCGGGUGUGGGGCGCAAAGGAGUACCUGACGGCAGGCAGCUCGUUGAGCGAGUAUGAGUACGUGCGCGAGUGCGUGCGGCUGGAAAAGGACGUGCGGCUGUGUCUGCACGAGAGCAGCGACACCGAGUUAGCGCGCACGCAGUACGACGACGCGCGAGCCGCACACCUCACGCUUGACGAUUUGCUGCCCGCGCACACUCUCGCCUCCUCGCUCACUUUCGAUAACCUCUCUAUACUAUUAGAGACAUUAGAGGGCGAGUUGUCGAAAGCGAUCGGCGUGAUCGGCGCGGAGGGCAGUUGUUCGCCGAAAGCGGUGUUCCAGGCCGUGAAGGCGAUAUGUGCACUCGCAGGCGGCGUGGAGACGUUACACAUCACUCACACGCUCAACGCGUUCGCUCAAGCGUGCGUUGGAAAGGGCAGCAGCCACGUGGUGACGCCGGAGAUCCAGGCGGAGGCGGGCGCGUACUGCGCGGUGUCGCUGCGCGCGGGCACGGCGCGCGAGGCGGCGGCGCGGCAGGCGGCGCGCGUGCGCGACGCCGUGCGCGCGCUGCUGGCGCUGUACGCGCGCGGCCGCCUGCUCGACUUCGCGCUCGCCGACGCGCACGCCUUCCAGCCCGCCGACACGCACAAAGCGAUGCCGUCGCACCGUGUGGGCGAGGCGACGCUGUUCUGCAUCGAGGCGGUGCACGGCGUGCCGGCGGGCUGGGCGCACGACGAGUACCAGGUGCACGCGCAGCUGCACUACGGGCCGCGCGCGCUGCACGCGCCGCACCUCACGCACGCCUCGCGCCUCGACGGCGCCGGCUUCUACCCGCGCCUCAUAUUCGACACCUGGUUGAGUUUAGAAGACGUACCAAUAAACACGUUGCCGCGCGAGACUCGGCUAGUUUUGAUAUUGUACGGGCGCACGCAGCGGGCGGUCGACAGUCAGAACCAGAGUAAUGAGAACAGCCAGCAGGUCGUGCAAGAGGGCGAGGAGAACGGAGACGUGCAGUAUGAGCAGGUCGAACUCGGGUGGGCCGCCAUACAGAUGUUCGACUAUGAUGGUAUGUUGGCGUCCGGCGCGUACGUGCUGCCGCUAUGGGCAGCCAGCUGCGACCGCCGCACCGGGCCCGCGCCCCCCGCACCCCUCGCGCCGCCCUCCUCGCCGCUCAUCAAUAUAGAAAUUCCGUUAUACGAUCACAAUGGUGUGAAGUGGACAAGCGGCGAGGAAGGCAAAGAGAAGACAUUGUUACCUGAAGAUCUCCCGAAGUUCGACUCGUUGGACAAGCAUACGCAGUCACAGUUGCUACACCUCAUUGAACAGGGGGCGUACAAUAAAAUGCCCACUGAAUGCAGAGAGAUACUAUGGGAGAAGCGACAGUACUUGGUGGAGCUGGCGGGUGCACUGCCUUUGGUGCUACAAGCUGCCACUAACUGGUACGGUGAGCAUCGGGAGCAAUUGGUCGCGUUACUACACAUCUGGCAGAAACCAUCGCCAAGAAACGCUAUGCAUUUACUACUGCCUUAUUUCCCCGACGCAGCGGUGAGGUCAGCGGCUGCGCUGUUGGUGAGCGGGCUGCCCGACGAUGACCUCUGUUGCGUACUGCCGCAGCUGGCGCAGGCGUUACGUUAUGACACCUACGACUGCAGCCCACUCGCAGAAUUGUUACUGUCUCGAGCAUUGGCGUCUCCCACUGUAGCGCACCGCUUGUUCUGGUUGCUGGUACAUUCACUGCCUAAUUUGCCUCAGGUAACAACGGAAGAGUUCCUCGGUAUAUCUUUAGAGGAGAAUGGCGAUGAGCCACCAGAAGUGGAACCGUGUAUGACGGCCACGUGGCGCUACCAGCUGCUACUACGCGCUUUACUAGCUGUUUGCGGUGAAAACCUCGCCCGCACACUGCAGCGGCAACAGGCGUUGGUCACGAUGCUGAGCGAGGUGGCGAUGCUGGUGAAGAUGUCGAAGGAGGGCCAGCGGGGCGCUACACUGCGCGGCGGCGCGGGCCGCCUGGCCGCCCGGCUUCGUGCUGAGCCGGCCGCGCUGCCGCUGGCGCUCGGCGCACACGUACACGACGUCGACGUCAAAUCAUGUACAUACUUUUCAUCGAAUACUCUACCUCUUAAAAUAAACUUCAUCGGAAGCGACGAAGCCAUUAUUCCAGCAAUGUUUAAGGUAGGCGAUGACCUUCGGCAAGAUUCGUUAGUACUCCAAGUGAUCAAGGUGAUGGACAGUUUGUGGCUCAAAGCUGGUUUAGAUCUGCGCAUGGUUACUUUCCAAGCACUGCCAACAAGCAACAAAAGGGGUAUGAUAGAAAUAGUAACGGAAGCGGAAACCCUCCGUGCUAUUCAGACUGAAUGGGGCCUCACUGGAUCAUUCAAAGACAAACCUAUUGCCGAGUGGCUCGCGAAACACAAUCCUUCUGAGCUCGAAUAUCAACGAGCUCGUGAUAAUUUUACAGCAUCAUGCGCGGGAUACAGCGUUGCUACGUAUUUACUAGGAAUCUGCGAUAGACACAACGACAAUAUAAUGUUAAAAACCUCCGGACAUUUGUUCCAUAUUGAUUUUGGGAAGUUCCUCGGCGAUGCGCAGAUGUUUGGAAAUUUUAAAAGAGACCGCGCCCCGUUCGUGCUUACCCAUGACAUGGUGUACGUGAUCAAUGGGGGUGAGCGACCCACGCAGCGCUUCCAGCACUUCGUGGAACUGUGCUGCAUGGCGUUCAAUAUUGUACGCGCACACCACGACCACAUACUGGAUUUGUUCGCUCUGAUGGCGAUGUCGGGCGUGUCGGGCGUGACGAGCGCGGCCGUCGGCUACGUGCGCAGCGCGCUGCUGCCGGCCGCCACCAACGCCGAGGCUGCCGCCGCCUUCGCAAGGCUCAUCAACUCCUCGCUUAAGAGCAAAUUUACACCGAUAAACUUCUUCUUGCACAAUUUGGCGCAAAUGAUGGCAAGUGGCGACCAAAGUAGCAGUUCCUCAGAACUUCUGUCGUUCAUGCCACGGACUUACACAAUGGCUCAAGAAGGCCGGCUAGUGAGCGUGGAGUGUCUCGGUUUCGAGAAGCGAUACGACCCUGAGAAGCAUUACGUUUACUCGCUCCGCAUCUACCGACAAGGACAAACCACCCCUUCUGUGCUGUACCGGUCGUACAAACACUUCACCGAGCUUUACCAAAAGAUAUGCGUGCUAUUUCCACUAGCGAAGGUUCACAGUUUACCGUCAGGGCUGCACGUGGGCCGCUCGAACACGCAGCAGGUGGCGCAGCGGCGUUUCCACGACGUGCAGGCGUUCCUCACGUCGCUGUUCAGCCUCGCGGACGAGAUUGCGCACUCUGAUCUCGUGUACACGUUCUUCCAUCCGCUACUGCGAGACCAACAGGACGUCGAGCCGCAGCGGAAUAAGAAGGGUGAAACGGCGGAGACAGAGAACGGAUCGGGUUCCCUGAAGUUGUCGGUGCAGUACGCGGGCGGCGUACUCUCCGUACUCAUAUUGCACGCACAAUCUCUCGCCCUCACGCCGCAGGGACUGCCGCCUAAUCCUUAUGUCAAGGUAUACUUAGUACCGGAUCCAACCAAAGAAACGAAACGUAAGACGCGCGUACUAAAACGCAACUCCCACCCAUCAUUCAUGGAGAUGCUAGAGUACCGGCUGCCGAUCGAAGUGGUGCAGAGCAGGAGUUUGCAGGCGACCGUGUGGCAUUACGACUCGUUGCAAGAGAACCAGUUCCUCGGCGGUGUGGUGAUACCACUCAGCUCGUUACCGCUCAGAGAGGAGACGGUGGCGUGGUAUCCUCUAGAAUAUAUCCCCCGGUAGCUAAUAUUCGCCCGCUCUGCUAUAUGGAGCACGGAUCUUCACAACGUUUAGUUGCAAGUUGCAUACUGAGCCCGCAGACGUGGUAUCAUAUUUUACUAAAGUCCUUAUUGUCGUUGGCGCAUUUAAAGUUAUUCUUUUGGGGGCUAGCUACUUGAGAAGGGCACAUAUGUACUCUGAGAUAUGUCUUUGCGCAUAACUGGAAGUUCUCCUCAGAUCCUGAGGAGGGACCAGAUAAUUCUAGGGCGGGCUUUUUGUAUGUUUGUUUAGUGGUUUUAUAUUCUACUCUCUAUACGAGUUUUAACGUUAAAUAGUCCUAAUUAAUCACAACAUAAUAUACGCGUGCCUCUAAUGUUCCAACGAAUUUAACUUGCACAUAUCAACAUGCGUAUUUGGUGCGUGCGUAGACGUACGUGACACUUAGACAUGCCCAAUGAACGGACAUUAAUUUCGUAACAGAAAUUUCUCUUCGUAUACAAUUUUAGGGGUUUUAUUAUGACCGACUAAAAUGUACUCCGAGGACUGUCUCUUGGCGAUCUUGAGCGGAAGAGGCAAAAGGAAAUUUUCUCCGCGAUCAAUUCCUCAUUCAGGCAGGCCAUUAUAAAAAUAUCUCUCUUACAACUAUCCAAAAUGGGAUUUUAGAUAGUUGUAAGAGAGAAUUGUUAUAAUUGUCAAAAAUUUCAUCUAAUUAUUUUAAAAUGUUGUGCCAAAUAAUUGCUUGACAUUCACAAACUUGUUAUUUAAAUCGUUGAUAUGUGUGUAACAUGAUUCCAUCGGGAAUUUAAAACUUCUCAUAUCAUUCACUCUUGAAGAGAAUACAUUAGGUUUGAUCAUAAGUAUCCACGAAGUCAUAAGAGUUUACUGAAUUGAAAUGUUGCAGAAUUAUUGUAUUGGUCGUACAUUCCAAUAAAUAUGAAAAUAAAAUAUGUUAACGACUGUAACCCCAAAUAGUGUAGUCAGAGGUUUAUAUUUGCCACAUGCAUCAUACCUAAGUUAUACAUCUAUUUCUGUAUUCUGUGAUUAUGAUAUUAUAAACAUUAUUAUAUUAUGGUAAGUGUUUUGGAGAACAAUAAAUUAAUUUUUAUUGAAUUUUCAAGACACACAAGAAUUAAAUGAUUUUACUUUUAGAGUCAGAAACAUUUACAAUAUUAGUAAUAGUCUUCCAGCGCUAGAAUUUAAUUUUAAUUGAAUUUGCAAAGAACUCGGGAGAGAUACAAAAACUGUGAUGUUGAGAAAUGAAUAAAAUAGGCCAAAUGAAGUGUCCAUCAAUUAAUACGUUUUACACAUAACGAACACGUCACUAAAUUGUGAUCGUUGAAGAAGAAAUUAUUGAUAAAUAUCAAGCAAUAAUCGUUGCAUACGGACUAUUUUGGAAUAAAUAUAAUUUAAAUUUAAUCCGAUGAAUGAUUAUUUUUCAUAAAUUUAUUGUUUAAUUAUAUAAAUGUUACAAGGGAUUUUAUUUUCUUAUAAUAGAUGUUGGUGAAAUGAAACUUUAAAUAUGAAUACAGUUUAAUAAAAAUUCAAGGAUAAGUCACAUGUAUAGUACAAGACGUUUAGAGAGUGAAUGUUAUUCUGGGAGUCUACAAGGACUACUUUAGAUGUUUCAUAAUGGAUUCUUAAAACGACUUAUAUAUGUAAUUUAAGAAUGUGUUUUACAAAAAAAAAAAAAUUGCUCAAUUGUGGUAGAGCCAGCUAUUUUAAAUCUAAACUAUUGAACUAUUUUUAAUAAAUUUUGUAUGAGACCAAUCUAUUAGUAUAUUAUUUCAGAUAAAAAUAAUUUUGCAAAUGGGCAUAUAACUAACGGAGUAAUUAGGUAACGAAGUAAAAACAAAAAUACAAACGAAUUAAGAACUUUUACCUUGUUAAAGUCAGUUGAAAAUACAUUAAUUUCUCGGUUUCUGAUAUAAUAAUUGUAGUAUAGACUCCAUAACACCCAUUAUUUUUGCCACUUUGAGGAUUUUCGUAAAAUACUGUAAACUAGAAAAAGUGAAAAUAUGAACCGUUUUAAUAAUACUCUGAAACAUUCAAAGUGUGGUCACUAAACUCCCUUCUUAUUUUAUAUUAGUGGAUAUCGCGUUCGUUAUAAAAUACCAUGAUAUUGAAUGAAUUUUAAUUAUUUCUAAUUUACAAAAUAAUUAAAAAAAAAUUCAUCAAAACCUUAUCAAGUUCUCUUUAUUGGUUUAUCGUAUUAAUUGGAAUAUAAAAAAUAUAUUACUAAUAUUAAUAUGCCUAAUAAAACCCCAUAUUAUAAGGGUUGUUAUUAUAAUGUAUGAGCCUAAUUAAAAGACUAAAAGUCACUUAACAACUCUAGCGACGUCUUAUUUUACAACAUUAUCGAUGCGGUUAUCUUUAACUGUUUUAAUAAUUAUAUUAAAUUGUGAUUGAUGAAGGAUUAUGGAUUUAUGACAUGUAUUCACAUUCCAAAUUAGCGAAUUUCCUAUUUUUAUAUUAAUCUUUGCGCUUACAAACCAGUAUAAAUUGUGGUGCUUGUUCUUUGCGUAGGUCGACAGUGUUAUUUCAAAAUGUAAUAUAGUUACUUUCAUGAUAUGAGAGUUGUAUUUAUUUAUUAAGAUCUGAAUGGAUUACGAUAUUGCCUACGAGAGGGUUUUCUAUUGUAUUCUAUAUUUUUUUUGUUUAGAUUAUAUAGAUAGAGUGUCUCCAUAGAAAUGUUUUGAGAAAACGGGUCAACUUUUUCAUACAAUUUUGUGUGAUGAAUAGUUAUGUGUGAUUCCUUUAUAACUUCUAUAUUUAUUUUGCCUUAUAAUUUCUGCAUCUUUUUAAUGCGCAAACACUCAUUUUAUUUAUUAGAUAAUACGUUUAAAUACAUUUUAUGUGUAAGUAUAUACAAUACUGAUAAAAAAGAGUCAGCCAAUUUGACAAUUAGCUGACAAAAAGUUGACCUGUUUUUGAGACUCGAUGCUCUAUCUAUAUAAUCUAUGGUUUUUUUUUGUAAUUAUUUACACUACGCUGUGGUACGUACAUAUUGAGAGUAUAAUUAAUUUCGUACAAAAUCUGUGUUAUAUCGUCUACUCUGACUUUGUUAGACAUGUUUCUUAUGUAGCUAGACUAUAAUUUAUAAUAUUUAUUGGAAAUUAGUGAAAUGGCCUAUAUUAAUUUGUGUUUGUAUAAUAAUUUAUAUCAUUUUAUAUUAAGUCAGGUUUUGAAGAAUAUAUUUUUUAAUUGUUCACGGUCAUUGUCUUUAAAACAUAAUCUCUUAAUGCUUUUAAUUUAUACACAAUGUACUAGGUAGCAAGUCUUGAAAUUAGUUCGAAUGUAAGCAUUGGAUUGUAUAUAAAUGCUUCCAGGGUUUGCUCAAAGUAUAGUGGGGAGCAAGAAAUAAAUCGAUCAGGAUUUGUAAUGAAUAUGGACUGAAUAUUAGCAGCCUCAUGUAUAUAUUAUACAAUAGUUUUUUAUACGAACAUCAGCGUAACACAAUUAUAAUAAAUAGAGUUGUUGUUUUGCAUAUUGUAAUAAAAUAAUAAAUUGUCUCAAA